UACAGAACGAAGACGAGAAUCAAGAUGAGCUUCUUCUUUUGAUUGACGUCUUUUGAAAUCGCGAAUCUACUAAACUACUAAUCUCAGGAUGAACGAGGACUUUGACGGGUUGACUAGCGGCUCCUCGGCUGCGGCGGGAAAGCUGAUGCAAGAUGGGAUCUCCUCGACGCAGUUGCUCCAAAUGCUGCUGCAAAGAGAGAAACUUCUUUAUCAGAACUACCCGCUAAGUCUUGCCUCGGGGGAGGGUAUGAUCGGAUGGCGAGAGCGGAACCGUGAGUGCGCCUGGAUGUGUGCAGCUGCAAAACGCAUCGGAUUGGAGAUGGAUGCCGCUUCAUUGGCUGUCUCGAUCUUCGACCGUGUCGUCACCAGCGUCAAGAUCCCUGGCAAAUACGUCAACUGCGUCGCCGUCGGAAGCUUGAGCAUCGCCAAGAAGCUCUGCGAAGAUCACGAAGAAGACGCUCCAGUUUUCCUCGGUCGCCUUCGUCUCGAGUACAGCGCGCAAGAGCUGAAGCGCAUGGAAAUCAAGAUCCUGGAGGUGCUCCGCUGGGAUGCUCACCUUCCGAACCUCAAUCGAUUCGUUGAAUGUCUGCUAUCAGAGCUCGACGCGGCUUUCCUUUUGCCUUCAAUCAAGUAAGCCCAAUUCGUUAAAUCUUUGAAAUUGUAAUUCUUCUCAAGUUUCAGAAAGCACUUGGAUUUCCUGCUUUGCGACUCCACGCUGACAUCUAACUUCCGAUGGAGUGUGCUAGCGCUGUCCACCGUCUCAUUGCUCGUCGAGGCUACCAACAAACACUGGCAAUACCCAAUUAAUGCUUUGGCUCGGCUCUGCAAGAUUCCAAUGAGCGAAGUCAAUCGCUGCCGUGUGAAGGUCUCCAAUCUCUGGUCUCGCCACGUACUUCCAAUGCCGUCAACAUUCCAUCUUCUGGCCGAUCUGGACGAUCAAGACAGCGACAUGGACGUCGACUAUCCGCUCGCCUACGACUCAUCACCCCAUCCCCAGGCUCCCUCUGCUGAAGCCUCCGAGUACAUCACCUCGCCGGCCCCACGGGCACUUCAACCAACUCCGUGUUAAUCAAGCAAGCCGCCACCAUCUAAUGAGUGUGUGUGUGUCUGCAAUUGGCCAUAAAUAUUCUUCUUUCUUUCCAUCUUACCAUUUCCUUGUUCAUCUCACGUUCUAUCAGAAAAAGAUGACAAGAAAAAUCACAAAAAAUUGUUAAAAUUCUUCACCACAUCCACGAUUUGUCGACAAUUUUCCACCAAAAAAAUCGAGCUGGUUCUCUUCCUUUCUCUAUCUCUCUAAAUUCUAGGUAAAGACACUACCCAGCAAGUUGUAAUUAGCUUAUGCACUUCUCACUCUUAUCACAGCGGCUGGACCGCGACAGAUUUAUUCCCAUCUCCCCCAUCCCGUGAUUAAUCACUUUUCACACAAAAAAUCUAUGCUCUCUUCUGUACAAGAAGGUAGAACCUGUCGUCUAGCCGUUUUUUCCAUCACCCCAUUCCCCCACACACCAUCUCUCUCAUACUAAUACAAAUUCUAUAUAUAUAUUCUGUCAAAUUUCUUUAGUCAAGACUCCGUCUACUCUAAUUUUUCCCCUUUCCUAUCCCCCGCUAAUUACCCCUUGCGAAGCUAUUUCAUCAAUACCAUCAUGUUCUUGAAGGACCCCGCCCCCGCGCUUCAAACUGUGGAUUAAUGAAGAUUUUUUUGUUUGAAUAAAAUGUUAAUGUUAAAU